UUCAUUUUCUCUCUCUCUCUCUCUCCCCACCUGGAGACCGUUAGGAAGUAUCCUGCCACACUAGACCCGAUUUCUCUUCAGCUUCUGCACUUCUUCUGAGCAUCCAUUUCUCUGGCUUCAGCUUAUAAGAAUAGUCUCAAAAACAUAACCAAAAAUUAGAUUUCAAUGUCGAUUUUCUUAGAAUUCGUAGCUCUAUUACUGCUCUCAAUAUUGUUUGGUAGUUCUACACAUGUUUAUGCUCGAUUCGUUGUGGAGAAGAACAGUAUCAGUGUUCUCGCACCAGAGAAGCUCCGUUCCAACCACGAUGGAUCGAUUGGAAAUUUCGGCGUUCCUGACUAUGGCGGUAGCCUGAUGGGAUCCGUUGUUUAUCCUAAAAUGGGUACCAAAGGCUGUAGUUCCUUCGAAGGCAACAACAGUUUUAAUUCUCGGUCUUACCUUCCUAAUAUUAUUCUUCUCGAUCGUGGAGAAUGCUACUUUGCUUUGAAGGUAUGGCAUGGUCAAGAGGCCGGAGCUGCUGCUGUUUUAGUUGCUGAUAACAUAGAUGAGCCUUUGAUAACCAUGGAUUCUCCGGAAGAGAACAUUGAUUCCGAUGGUUACAUAGAAAAGAUCAAAAUCCCAUCAGCUUUGGUGAGUCGGUCCUUUGGCGAGAGCUUGAAGAAAGCCUUGCAGGAUGGUGAUGAGGUUGUCAUAAAAUUAGACUGGACAGAAUCCAUGCCCCACCCUGAUGAGAGAGUUGAAUAUGAAUUCUGGACCAAUAGCAAUGAUGAGUGUGGGGCCCGAUGUGAUAAGCAGAUGAACUUUAUUAAGAAUUUCAAGGGUCAUGCUCAGAUUCUUGAAAGGGGUGGUUAUACCCUGUUCACACCCCACUACAUAACUUGGUACUGUCCAGAAGCCUUCAUUCUCACCAGACAAUGCACAUCUCAGUGCAUAAACCACGGGAGGUACUGUGCACCUGACCCGGAGCAGGAUCUUGCAGCAGGGUAUGACGGGAAAGAUGUGGUAUUUGAAAACUUGAGACAGCUUUGUGUACACAGAGUUGCCAAUGAGAGCAAUCGGUCUUGGGUUUGGUGGGAUUUUGUGGCAGAUUUUCAUAUCAGGUGUUCAAUGAAGGAGAAGAGAUACAGCAAAGAAUGUGCUGAGGAUGUCAUGAAAUCACUUGAUUUGCCAAUUGAAAAGAUUAAAAAAUGCAUGGGUGAUCCUAAUGCCGAUGUGGAGAAUGAAGUUUUGAAGACAGAGCAAGACCUCCAGGUUGGUCGAGGAUCUCGGAGUGAUGUUACCAUCUUACCAACCCUAGUCAUUAACAAUGUUCAAUAUCGAGGACAACUGGAGAGAACUGCUGUGCUGAAAGCAAUAUGUGCGGGAUUUAAAGAGACCACUGAACCUGCAGUUUGUUUGAGUGGAGAUAUCGAGACUAAUCAAUGUCUUGAAAGAAAUGGUGGUUGUUGGGAGGAUCUGAAAUCUAAUAUUAGUGCUUGCAAGGAUACUUUCAGGGGCAGAGUUUGUGAGUGCCCUGUGGCUAAUGGUGUUCAAUAUCACGGAGAUGGUUACACAUCUUGUCAAGCGGUAGGACCUGGAAGGUGUGCUGUCAAUAAUGGUGGUUGCUGGUCGGAUAGUAAAAACGGAAAAACCGUUUCAGCUUGUUCAGAUUCCGAGUUAACAGGGUGCGACUGCCCAUUAGGCUUCCGCGGGGAUGGUCAUACAUGUGAAGAUAUUAACGAAUGCAAGGAAGGUCUUGCUUGUCAGUGCAAUGGUUGCACUUGUACGAACACAUGGGGUGGAUAUGACUGCAAGUGCAAAGGGGACCUUCUUUACAUAAAGGAACAGGACACAUGUAUUGCUAAAAACACAUCAAAGUUUGGAUGGUUCGUUUCUAUUUUUGUCCUAGCUGCUGUUGUGGGGGCUGGUAUAGCAGGUUACAUGUUCUACAAAUACAGGCUCCGGUCAUACAUGGACUCGGAGAUCAUGGCUAUCAUGUCACAGUACAUGCCAAUUGACAACCAACAGAACGAAGUCGAAACCCUACGGCAAGGUUCGUCAGUAUAAUGAGGGUGGGAUGUUUGUAGAAAGAAGAGUUGAGGCAACUUUGAAACGGGUAUAGCAAUAUGUGGGGGAAUGGAUGAUGCAGCGGCCAAACUUUAUGAUUGAUCUACCAUCAUUAGCUGCACCAGGAAGGCAAGGCUGUUCUUCCUUCACCAAAUCCAUACAGGGAAGAUAUUGUGCAUUA